AUGAUCGAUGAGAUGAUCAGUGUCGGCAUCAGUCCACUAGCAUGGGCCCAAGCCAAUCUACCGAAAGAAAUGCUGGAGGCUGGUCUCAUGGCCAGAGCCCCCCCUGUCGAAGAUGAUGAACCCAGUGUCAAUUACUACGACAUGCCUUUUACGCAUACCGCAUUCUUGGAGGUAAUACUUUCAGCGACUAUUGAACUUGCCGAAGCUGUACCUAGUCGAAGGCCUACGGCCGAUGACCCAAUUCCUGAUCGGUUCGCACUUCCCGACGCCUCGUGUGCAGGAAUGUACGAACUAGCGAACAUGCUUGAGACGAUGCACGCUCACGAUAUGUCACCAAGCGAGUACGUAACAAAACUAGACGGUGGGUCGGUCGCUCGUGUGUUCCAGAACGAGCCCGGAUGGAAAGUUCGCGGCAUCACUCGCGACCCCUCCAAACCCUCCGCUACGAAGUGGUCGUCUCAAGACGUUGAGGUCGUAGCGGGCGACCUCGAUGAUUUAGAGUCGCUGAAGAAAGGGUUCCAAGGUGCAAAUGUCAUCUUUGGUACAACUGACUUUUGGGGGCAUCUCAAUGCUCCGGCAACGCACAAACUUGCGGCUGAGCAGAAGCGCACAGCCAACGAGGUAGCGUAUGACCGAGAAGUUGCGCAGGCGAAAGCUAUCAUCGACGCAGCAGCGGCUCACAUUGACACUUUGGAUCGCUUCGUAUUUUCCACGCUUUCUGGGGCCAGAAAAUGGAGCAAAGGCACCAUCAAGUGGAACUACCACUUCGAUGCGAAGGCUGAAGCAGAGGAUUACCUAAAAGAAACGUAUCCGGAGCUUUCGGCAAAGACAAGCCUGCUGCACCUGGGAUACUAUGCAAACAACUGGAAAGCUUUCAGUGGAAAGCCAGAAAAGCAGGAAGACGGCUCCUUCGUUGUCAGCUUGCCAAUUAGUGGAGACAAGAAGAUUCCUAUGGUUGAUCCUGUUGCAGACACAGGGCAUUUUACGAAGGCGCUCGUUGAGUUGUCGCCAGGAAAGCUUCUCAGCGGUGCCGGAUCCUACAUAUCAUUUGACGAGUGGUGCGACACGUUUGGGAAGGUGAACAACGUGAAAUGCGUGUUCAAGAAAAUGCCUCGAGAGGCAAUGGAAGCUGUGAUGGGACCCUUGUACGGGCCUGAGAUUGCUGAUAUGUACGAGUACUUCGACAAGUUCGGCUUCGAAGGAGGCAAUCCUGACAUCGUAUUUCCAUGGGAUUUGGGCAUCGACGUGAAGUACACUUCCAUGGAGGAGUACUUGAAGGGUGAGGAUUGUAGUUCGACUUCGACCCGAGUUGAAGUCCAACUGCCAGAAUUCUGGACUAUUGGAGCAGUUUUCGAUAUGUCACGUGCUAAAUCCCUUUUCGAAUCAGAGGUCGACGAAUUUAUGGCGGUGUAA